GAAACCCUAGAAGUUCUGAAGGAGUAUAGGUCUGUGGAUUCGAUGGCUUAUGCUGUUGGAAGAUUAACAUACAAUGGUGAAGAACUAAUGUACCAUUGUGGAAGAGGGAAUGAUAAUGCUGUAUCUUUCUUUGCAAGGUCACCUAUAAACAGCAUCGAGAGACUUCAAGAGUUUGAGCAAGGCACUCCUUUGUUCACCCCAAUUACUGCUGACUAUCAAGUUUCUUCAACAGCAUCAAAUCCUAGCAUUUCUUCGAGUACUAACAUACUCUCUAUCUCAACUUCCUCCCCCAUAUCGACUAAUGACAACACUACUGACAUUGAUCCUUCGUUUACAACACAAGUGGCGUUAUGGAACCAAGACCACAUCCAGUCUGUUCAGAGCAGCACCUCAGUCAAAUUGAAUUUCACGUGGGCCUGAGCUCCACCCUCAAAUUCUACUUCCAUUAGCUUUAGCUUGGUGCAGACUGGGUCCAAUGUGCUUCCUGAGUGGGUGCAGCUGGAUGCAGUCAAGCAAGAGCUGCACCUUAACAUUACUCCAAAGCUCACAGUGGCAGAGACUUUUUAUUUCUCUCUGCAGAUCUCUUUUAACAGUGAAGUUCGCUACAAAAUGUUUGAGAUCACUGUUGAAGAGUGACCCAUUCAGAACUGUGAACUCUGAAGAUUAGGAGAUUCUAGUAUUUGAGAAACUUGAGCAAAUGGAUUUCAAAGCUCUGGUGGGCAAACAUUAUGAUCUAAAGUUCAAUCCCCUGUUGAAACUUCACCGGCUGGAGCUACUCAAACUGCCACUGCUUUUAUUGGGGCAAGUAUGAUUAUUGCUUCUGCUUCAUCUGCUCUUUCUUUUACUUCUAUCAACUCUAUUUUUUGUAUGAUGAAUAGCCUGCAACUUGCAAUGCUCCUGCCAUUAGUUCCAGAAUAUUUCUCCCUUAAAGUCAUUGAUUUCUUGAAUGGAAUGGGCUUCGCAAUGUUCUCAUUUGAUUUCAUUCAUCUCAAAGAUAUUCCUGUUGUUAAAAUUAUCACAAACUGGGUAAAAUAUCCGCAGACUGAUGAAUACUUGGAAGACAUUGGGAUGAGCUCAGGAAGUUCUAUUGUUAACUAUUUUUCCUUUAUAUUCUUAACUAUUUUGCUCGUAUUAAGCCAUAUUUGAGUUUACAUAUUGACAAAAUGGGCAAGGAAAUCUGAAAAAGAGAGAUGUAAGAAGUUCUUCAAUAAAUUAUUUGAAUUUUUUACCUUCAACAUUUACAUUCGGACCUUCAUACAGGCAUUUGUGUUCACUAUACUCUGCACUUUCUCUGAAAUUUAUUCGUUGAACCUGAAGACAACGAUGGUGAAGAUUUCGUUCGGGUUCUGCAUUGUUACCGUCAUGGCUUGACUUUGCUUACUCCUCCUUUCUUUGUACAUGUAUAAGAAAUCGCUUCCAGAGAUAGACAAUGAGAAAUAUUGGAAGUGUAAGGAGUUUUUCAAUGGAGUCAAGCAAGGCAAAUACUCUAACCUCUACACAACUAUCUUUUUGAUGCUCAGAGUCAUGCUGAUUUCAAUUGUUAUUUUUGGGAAAACUAUUCCAUCAUUUUACAAAGCCACAGCGUUUUAUUGAAUAAACAUUGCUUAUGGAGGGUACCUCCUGAUUGUAAGACCGUAUGAGAACUCUCAAGAUAAUAUUAUUGAAUGCAUCAACCAGAUCUUAUUUUGUUCUCUUGCUGUUCCAUUAGCUUGGGUAAAUACGAAAUCGAGGUGGACUCCAUUUUAUGAAGAUUUCUACAUCAAAAUUCUUAUGGCUUCCCCAAUUAUCGGAAGCAUUGUUUGAUUCAUAUUUUUAAUAAAAUCGAUCGUUUCUCGCAUCAAAAAAAUUAAAUCCCCCACUAAAAUCCAAAUUUUGCCUCUUCCCAACAUAAUUAGAAAAAAUCUAAAAAGAUUCCCCAUUCACGAGGAGAGCAAACUGACCCCUACAGCACCCAAAUCAGCUCUAAAAUAUUCAUCAAACAUCGGUUUACAGCACUCUGAAAUCCUGAGCACCAUCCAAGACCCUAGCUUGCAGAACAUCGGCCAAUUGCGGCAAGAGAUCAUCAACCGGAACAGAAUGUUAAUCCAAAAAAGAGUUGAGAAGUUAAUAUAAUUCACUUGAUGCAU